AAUCAAAACACACCACUUGAUUUUGGUUACUAUGAACCAAUCCAAACAAACACAAGAAGACGAAGAACACCAAUUUCAAUCAAAUCUCAAAAAUAUGAAUUCGUAGCCACCGUCCCUCCCAGCCGCUUCCGAAGUUGUAGUCGCCGCCGGUCAUCGAAGUCGUAGCCGGCCGUCGGGAGAAGCACGCUGCAACUGCGAGAACUUAGGUUUUUUUUUUUUUUUAACUGAGGGGCAAUUUUGACAUUUCACGUAUCCCGUUGUCCUAAAACCCUUCUUCUUCCUCUCAUUCUCACGUUCUUCAUCGUCUUCUUCUUCUUCUUCACGCCGUCUCCUCCUCCUGUCGCCGCCACCCCUCUCCGGUUAAGUGCCCUCGCUUUUGUCUGGUUUUAGAAUUUUUGAGGAUUCGGAAUUAUUUUUCCCUAUUGCAUACAUUCUCUUCCCUGCUUGAAUAUGGCGUCAAGACCAGAACUGCAAGCUCCUCCAGAAAUAUUCUACAACGAUGCUGAGGCUCGAAAGUAUACUUCAUCCUCGCGUAUCAUUGAAAUUCAGGCAAAAAUCACAGAUAGAGCAUUGGAGCUUCUUGCUUUGCCUGAUGACGGAGUCCCCAGAUUGCUUCUUGAUAUUGGCUGUGGAUCAGGUCUUAGUGGGGAAACAUUGUCUGAGCAUGGACACCAAUGGAUUGGUUUGGAUAUCUCUCAAUCAAUGCUUAAUGUUGCAUUGGAGCGGGAGACUGAUGGUGACCUUUUACUUGGUGACAUGGGUCAGGGCUUAGGAAUUCGUCAUGGAGUUAUUGAUGGGGCUAUUAGUAUCUCUGCAGUUCAGUGGUUGUGCAACGCUGACAAGUCCUCUCAUAAUCCGCGACUAAGAUUGAAGGCAUUCUUUGAAUCACUAUACAAAAGCUUAGCAAGGGGCGCAAGAGCAGUGUUGCAAGUUUAUCCUGAAAAUGUGCAUCAACGUGAGUUGAUUCUUGGUUUUGCUAUGCGCGCAGGAUUUGCUGGUGGUGUAGUCGUUGAUUACCCACACAGUGCGAGGAGUAGAAAAGAGUACCUGGUGCUCACUUGCGGUCCGCCAUCCAUUAGUACAACUGUUCCCAAGGGAAAGGAUGGAGACUAUGAGAGCGGUUCUGAUGAUGAUAUUGGUGAAGAUGAUGAAAAUCAAACCGUUCGUAUGGCAGCACCAAGGAAAAGGCAAAAAAUCACAAAGAGAGGCAAAGGAAGAGAAUGGGUACUGAAAAAGAAGGAACAGAUGAGAAGAAAAGGGAACGUUGUGCCUCCUGACUCUAAAUACACGGCUCGUAAACGCAAGGCUCGUUUUUGAAUAUUACAUUUUUUUUUUCUUGUGAGAAAUUACUUAAAAUAUUAUAUAUAGAAUUUUUUGUCUUUGAAAAAAAAA